AUGCACAAAAGGCUACGCAAGGAGAAGCAGCGCUUUGACGCACACCUCCGCCGACUUGGCGAGCGUGUUUACCCCACCCUCGAAGAUGGGUUCGAUCGGGAGCUAGCGAAGCUGCGCCGUGUCGACGAAUAUGUCCGGAGCAACCUGGAUGAAUACUACAGCGCCUCCCUUGGUUCGAGCAUGGUGAAGAACCGCUUCCCCAAUGUGAAGCCAAACGAGGGCACAAUCGUGCACCUGAACGAGACCAGUUUCCAAGGAGACGGCGCGUACAUCAAUGCCAACUACGUCGACGCACGCGAGAAGUUCAGCGUGCCGUUUGUGUACAUCGCGACGCAGUCGCCAAUGAAAAAUACCGUGCUGGACUUUUGGCGCAUGGUGUACGAGAAUGACUCGGCCUUUAUUGUGAUGCUCUGUGCGGUGGAGGAGAAUGGCAAGAUAAAGAGUGAAACCUACUGGCCCCUGAGAGGCGAGACGUACGACAUGGGGAUGCUGACUGUCACCCAUGUUGCGGAGAGCAUGCAGCAGAACUCGGUUCACCGUUGCCUGUUGCUCCGCAGCGUUCGUGGUGACGAAAAAGAGGUGCUUCAUAUACAGUACUUGACUUGGCCGGAUCAAGGGGUACCGCAAAGCAGCGUCACACUAAUGGAGAUGAUUAAUUCCAUCGCCAAGUCGCCGCGUAGUACGCGGUCGCCGAUCGUAGUGCACUGCUCCGGCGGAGUUGGGCGCACGGGUGUCUUUAUUGGUCUGCACAUCGCUCUCGCACAGUUUCAGCUUGGUCUGGUAAACAUUAGCAUUCCUCGCAUUGUUGGCUACCUGAAGACGUGCCGCAGCGGAAUGGUGGGGCGCAGGGACCAAUACAUCUUUCUCUACUACGCAGUGCAGCGCGAGAUGGAGCGCAUGAUCCUAUCUCAGAAAGCCGGCGUCAAUCUGCUUGACAGCCGACCACGCUUGGCAACCCCAGCGGUGACCCGCGCCGACCCAGCUCCGACGCCGAUGACUUCCCCACUGAUCAUGCCCAUCCCCGUCCCAGUCCGAGGAUGGCACAGGACCUCCAUCUUCACGCUGUUCCGCUCCUCGAAGUCAGUCCGCCCCACCGACCUUCGCUCUGCGUCAAUCCGGACCCCCAAACACCGAAAUGCAGAGGCCGAUGUGGCUGCCAUGGAGAACUACCUGCAACGCGCAGGAUCGUCGCCCUGCUCGGGACGUAGCCCAAACAUGAGCCAUACGGGCGAUCGCUCCUCUCCUAUGGAGGCCUUACAUCACGCAUGUCGCCAAACCUCAUUCUCAUCAAAAUCACUCUUCAUCCCAGUGCCGCAUGAACCGAACAUGCACUGCCGUCAGGUUGGUACCUCUCGAUCAAGCACGAGCCACACGUCGGAGACCACAACACCAGUGUUUCGGUCCACGUCACUUCUGCAAGAGGAGCUCGCGCGACUGCAGCAGGUCAAUCGCGUGAAGCGCUUCUCUCCGUCGUUGGCCUGCGGCAUUGGUGGCAGCUAG